AUGGAAUUGGUCGAGCUACGCACGACAUCUUUGGCUGAGGCAAUGUUUGACAAGCUUGAGCUCCCAAGACCAGUUUACCAUGUGCAUAUGCUUGAGCAAGGCGGAUAUAGGGCACAGAUUGAGUUUCACCAUACCAGAGAGCGUUAUAAUGCUUCCGCACGCCGGACUAAAUUGUUGAGCCAUACAUGUGUUAGCAGAGAGGCAGCAAUGGAUCAGGCAGCCGAUCAAGCAAUUACAUACAUGGAAAAUAAUGAAAACAAGGUUCUUGCUGAUUAUAACUACUAUCGGCUGCAACAAGAAAAACAAUCUUGUGCAAGGCUUUCAGAUACCUUGUCAGAGAGAACGAAAGAAGUCAACCAGCGCAACCAGACCAUCAUACAGAUGACUAAAGAGGCGUCCAAUUAUCUGGAAGAAGUGCAUGCUGCAUCAGACAAGAUCCAUGGUCUUGCUGCCACUGCCUUAGACCCUGCUGCCAGCCUGUCUCUUUCCACUCUAAAACAAACUAUUUUGGCGAUUCAAGAUUCACUUGUUGCUCUUCAAAGCACUACCGCCGCUGCACGUGCCUCCCUAGAGGAAAAGGGCAUGUACUCAGAGGAUGAUGUGGCUCAACCAACCUACGAUGGGCUUUCUGAUGAAGAGACCGAUGAAGAUUGCCAUCAAGACAUGGAUGAUGACUACGCUCACUAUGUGCGAUCCCCAUGA